GUGCAUAUUUGGCGCUUUUCAUUCACGACGGUUCUGGCGCGUUUUUGAAAGCGCAAACCGUACGUCAAGAAACAAGUUUUCUGAAUCCCCACUCGGAACAAUUUGGGUUAUAUCCGAAUAACGUCCUCUUCUGCGCGUUCACACGCCGCCGGCUGACAUGUGGGACAUGUUUGGGCCACUUUGGGGGUCUGCGAGGAGCGGAGCUGAGUCGAAAGAAGCGUCCGGCGCAGUCUGCUAGCUUGUUGUUUUGCAGUGAAGUUUACAAGCCGGGUGGCAACAGCCAUCUGUCCGCCUCUCACAAUGAGCUUUGCCUCUGUUGUCUGUACUCACACACGAAGUGGAUAAGAACUGACGAGAAGACUGCAGCAAGUGACCGGUUCUCCAUUAUCGGUCUCUUCAAAUUAUGGCUGGUGUUGUGGCUAUGGCAUCUGUCAUUGAGGAUUUUGACACUCAGCCUUGCAAGAAAUCUCGCAAAGAUGGUGGCAGUCCUGUUGUUAAGACAAUCACAAACUAUUUCUCUCCUGUGGCCAAGCCGUUGGAGAAACCCUUCUCUCCUCCUCGGGCCAACAACAUCAUGGAUUACUUCGCCCGGAGGCCUCUGUCCGCCAAAGAAAAGAGCAGCCCAUCAGAACAGUCCAAAGAGAACUGUCAGACAUCCCAGUCGGCCGAAAAACACACCAGCCCAGAGGCAGCAGCGAAACAGCCAUGUCAGAAACGGGGUAGAAAGGCCAUCAAAGUUGCAAGGAAACUUGUGGAGGCUGAAACUGUUAGCUUCCCAGGGGAUCUGAGCUGCCUGAUUGUAGAUGAACCACAGCAGAGUAAAGACUCAGCAGCAGAGGUGACCAGUAGCUGUGCGGUCCUUGGCAGUGAUACAACAGCUCUGUUGGCCCAGCUUAGUGCUGAGGCUUCUUUCACAGCUGGGAUAUCAGAGAGGAGUGUCAGCGUUCACCAGACUGAAAAAGAUGAACGUGAUGAAAAUGGUUCCAAAUGUGGUAACAAUGUCGAGCUUAAACCAGAGCUGAAGAGCAUUCCAUCUUCUCCACUUGUACCUUUGAGAGAAAUGGCAAAACAGAGCAAAACUGUUGCACGGAAUUCGAGGAAGAGGCCUCAACAGGAGGCAAAGCAACCAGAACUGGAGGAGAAAGAGGCAGAGACCUCCGUGUGUGAUGUUAACAUGGUGAUUAAUGAGGAUCAGGCCUUACCAUCAAGCAACAGCACAGUCAGAAUAUCCUUUGAGGAAUUUGUGAGAAGUCAAAGUCAGGACGAGGAUGAGGAGGAGAUGGACAAUGACCAGUUGAGAAACGUGGCUUCUGGAGAACCAAUACUCCAAGUCUCACCCCGAACUGUCACCAUCCAGGCUGAAGUCCACGCAGUCUCACCCAAACAGGAAGCAGUCAAGGCUGGGGGAAAGUUAGCUUCUAUCUUCAACAAGAGAAAGGGAGGAUUGAGCCCUGCAGAAGUAGUAUCGUCUCCUCAGACACAAGCUGAACACCAACUUCCUUCCACCUUGUUGACUGUCCGAAGGAAAUCCAAUGUGGUUCUUCAAGAGGAGGAUCUAGAGCUGGCUGUGCUUGAGAGUGAAUCCACGCCAAAGUGCAGUGUGGUAGAGAGGAAGCAGUUCAUGGCUGCUUUUAAACAGCCCAGCCAGGAUGGGUCCAAAACCAAACCUGGGAAGAGUCAGGGCAAGAAGCAACCUGAGGAGAAGAAUUUAGAUGCUGAAGACAAAGUUGCUGAGGAGGAAAGCACAAUUCCUCUCUCUGUUGAACAAAUCCCCGAUGUCUCUCACGAAAACAAUGUAGCUAAAAAGAAAUCAGCCAGAAAAAACAAGAAGAAAGCUAAAAAAGAAAACGAGGCACUCACCACCUCACUUGCUCCUCCUCCUGUGGAAGAAGCGGUGGCUAUGAACGUUGACGAUGAUGAAAAAAUAGAGGAGCCCGUCCUCCCAGCUGUAAGGAGGUCCAGGAGAGAGGCUGUAGUCAGGCAAGCAACCGAAACCACGGCUGCAACUCCGAUCAGAACAAACAGAAAGCAAAAUGAGUCAAAGGAGGCCGAUGGUGCUUUAUCUGACUGCCCUGCACAGAUGUCCACCCCGAAGACACGCAAGUCAAAACAUGGAGUCUUUGUUGCAGAGAUGGUGUGUCCACUUGAGUCAAAAGAAAGUCCAAUCAGGAUUAAAUUUACACGGAUCCAUAGAAAUGUUUCCACGUCAAAGGCUGAAAGUGGAAGUGGCAUCAACACGUCUGGCACUAUUAAAAAGUCGAAUGAGUCUAAAAAAAGGAAGCAGGCAAAGAAGUUGGUGGAGAAGGCAAAAGUGAUACAGCAGAGUAAGAAAACUGCUCAUGAGGAGAAGGGCACUGUAAGGCGGUCGUCACGAAAUGAGGCCUCAAACAAAAAGAGCUACUGUGAAAAUGAGGAUUCUGUCAUCUGCCUGGAGGACGAGACUGCUGCUGCUCAGACGGCGCCAGGAAAGAAUAAAACCCAGAAACCUUUGCGAAGUCUACAUGAGGUUCUGGGCAAAGCCACAGCAGCUGGUAAAGAGAAUAAAGCGGUCGCAGGCUGCAAAGUGGCCUCGCUGGGCCCCGAGAAGAGCGCUCGGAAGGUGUCCGCCGUGGUUUCCAUCUUUGACGAGAGCAGCCGAGAGGGCUCCGAAAACUCCCAGGAUGAUGAGCAGUUCAGGGCUCGCAGAGAGUUCUUGAAGAGUGGUCUCCCCGACUCCUUCAGGAAGCAGAUAGCCAAGACCGCUGCCACCAAAGAGGCAUACUCUCUCUCCUGUUCCUCCUUCCAACCAGUUAUACAUGUGAAGCAACCACCAAACGAUUGCCCUCUUUGGACUCUGCUGUGGCCUGAAUCUCCAUUACUGUGUCAACUGAAAGAGAUUUGGUGCAAAACAUCCUCUUUUUCAUCUGUUGGAGGCUCUUUCUCUUUGAAGACUGAACCAGCCCGUAGAGCCGUGUGUCAACGGGGUUCGGGCUGGAGACCUGAGAUCUCUGAAAGUGUUCGGCAGCUUCUCAUCGAGGAGGUCAGCACCUCUAACCCUUCCUUCCCUGUUCAGAUGUUUAUCAGUCGCUUUCUGAAGAGAUGCACUGACCACCAGCAGCACUGCACAGCCUCAGAAACAGCAGCACCAGUAGGAGGGAAGAGGAAGAGGAUGGAUGAUGAAAACGCAGUGAAGGUGGCUAAGAAGCAGAGGGGCAACCAUUUAGAAGAGAGCAUUUCCAUGCCUGAGCCAGAGCCAACGAAAAGGGGUGGCCGCACGAGACGAGCGCAGAGAUCCAAGCUCGAGAUGGAGGUGCAGGAGAAAGCUGCUCCCAUCCUGUGCGAGGACGACGCUGUGAUUGUGCUGGACGACGUGCUUUUGGGAGAUGACACUGUGGAAAAAGACCUGGUGAAGGAGGAUGUGUUGUGGACUGAAAAAUAUCAGCCGCAGCACUCCAGUGAAAUCAUAGGCAACACUGCCUCAGUGCGAAGGCUGCACAGUUGGCUAAAGGAAUGGAAACUCCGUGCAGACCGAGAGGAGAGGAAAAAGCAGAAAGACAAGAAACAAGAGGAAGGAAGCAAUGACUCUGACUGGGACUGUGGAGAAGACGACUCCAAGGAUGCAGAGGACAUGUUGUGUAAUACCAUGCUGAUCACAGGACCCACUGGAGUGGGAAAGACUGCUGCCGUCUAUGCCUGUGCCCAGGAGCUGGGCUUUAAGGUGUUUGAGGUAAACGCUUCAUCUCAGCGGAGUGGCCGUCUCAUUCUGUCCCAGCUGAGGGAAGCUACGCAGUCGCACCAGGUGGACAGUCAGGGGGUCAACGCCUACAAACCCACCUACUUCAACAGCUACGGCACAAGCGGCAGCGCUGGCACCAUCAGGCCUGGAUCCUCUCCGAGAAAAUUUAACUCUCCCCGCAGGGUGUUUUCCUCUCCCAGGAAACACCCCCAGUCGCCAAGAGGUGCUAAAAAAGGUGCUCUGGCUCCCACCUCUCUAGCUAACUUCUUUAAAAUGGGUCGCCCCACCAACAAGGAGCCACAAAACACUAAGAAGAAUGAACAAACGGCUGCUUCCAAGAAAGUCACAAAAGCAAAAAAUGAGGUUGCCAACAAGCAUAAAGACCUCGCAGUGAAAUCACCAACAGCUGCCACGGCUAAAGAGAACAGCGACGAACAGAGCAAGAAGACGGCCACCUCGCUCAUCCUGUUUGAAGAAGUGGAUGUUAUUUUUGACGAAGACUCCGGGUUUCUAGCUGCCAUCAAGACAUUCAUGAUGACUACCAAGAGGCCAGUCAUCCUCACUACCAGUGAUCCUGCUUUCAGUACCAUGUUUGAUGGCAACUUUGAAGAGAUCCAUUUCAAAACACCCUCAAUGAUUAAUGUGGGCAGCUACCUGCAGCUGUUAUGUCUGGCCGAAGGGGUGAGAACAGACCUGUCGAACAUCAGCUCUCUGCUCAGGCUCAACGGCUGUGACGUCAGGCAGAGUUUACUGCAGCUGCAGUUCUGGACUCGCAGUGCAGGGGGCCGCCGCACAACGAGGUCGCUGACACACACUGACAAAAAUGAAAUGUCUGUGUGCGCUGAGACGGCCCCUGCAGCUCUUCCUCCCUGUGACACCGGCUGCACCGAGAGCAGACUGGGCCUGCUGAAUGUUGAACCUGAGAGAGACAUCUGGGAGCUGCUCAGGAGCCAGAGUCUGGAGGAAGCAGUUUGCUGGGAGAUACUGAUAGGCAGCAGGCGGCGAGGAGUGGACCUACUCUACUCCAACAUGGAGACACUCUUACCUCUGCCACUCACACAGUUCACUGCCUCAAUCGCCAAACCAGACAAAACAGUUCCUGAACCCCAAGACGAUUCUUCUGUUGGUCCCAAAGAGCAGCCGCUGUCCACCUGCCUGCAGUCCGACACGCUGCCAGCUCAUGCCAGGUUACUGCACGUUGCGGAGUCGGGUGAUUGCUCGGAUGAUGGCAGUCCAGUUAAAGUUUCUAAAAGAAUGAAGAAGAACAAGAGGAGGCACCGUCUGCCUGGCCAAGAUGGAGUGCACUCGGACUCGGACUCGGAAGAUGGUUUUCAAUCUCUCUGCAAGCUGCAGGCCGCUCCCCAGGCAAAGGAGGUAGGCAAAGAAAGGUUAGUUUCAGAAAAGAGGAAAAGGAAGCCACUGACUCCCGAGGAGCGGAUAAAAAGUGUCCCAGUCUCCCAGUGUCUCGAUUCAAUAGCUGAGUUUUUAGACAACAUGUCCUACAUGGACUCCUCCUUGCUUGUUCAUCCAGAACAAGGUGACAUUCACAGAAGAAUUUCACCAGUCGGUGCAGCGGUGAAAGACGGGAUGACCGACGAGUCAAGGGUUGAGACUGACAGAGGGAGCUGGUCGAGGGCAGAGUGCGUCUUGGAGAUGCAGGCCGCCGUGGAGGCGCUGAGCUUUCGCAAGUGUCGGGGAUCUGUGGCAGAAGCCUGGGACAAAGCCCAACAACUGGAAGGGGAGCUGGGACAGGAGGCUAAAGAAGAACUCACCCUCCCUGUGGCCUCUCAUCGUGAAGAGUACAGCUUCUGUCAGGACGGCUCCUGUCAACCACAGCUGCCGAGGAGAGAAGUCAUGGAGAGACUGAUGCUGAGAGGAGUGGUCGGUACCCUGGGAAACAGAGCAGCAGCUGCUCUGGACUACUUGCCCGUCCUACGCACCAUCUGCAGAUCAGAGCAGCUCAAGGAGAAGGGCAAGGUUAAACGAAGGUUUCUGCACUACCUAGAUGCAAUUCACCUUGGUCUUGAAAAAAACACUCUACAGUUCCUUGCUGAAAAUUUCCCCUGAACCACAGAGAAGGCCACACGUCUCCUCGUCAUCACCAAGAGGCCUUAAAAAACACUUUUUAACUUCUAUACAUUUUGGCUCUCAGACUGUAACAUCACAUGUGGUGGCGUCAGGGGCACAAGGAUGGACAACCAACAAAAAUCAGACCUCUUACCUCAGAAUGAAAUGAGGUGGUCUGCACGAUGGCCCUGAAACGACCAAUGGAAAACAAUGAUGGCAAAUAAGAAAAUAAAACAAUGGCAAUUACAAAAAAACACAACGGCAAAUAAGAAAGCAACACAUAAUCACAAAACACUUUUCUUGUAUGUCAUUGAGUUUCCUGAUCUCCCAUUGUGUUUCUUUCAAUAUCGCCGUCGUUUUUCUCAUUUCUCGUCAUGUUUUGGGAUUUGUCGUUGGGAUUUGCACUUCAGGGCCACCGUAGAUCACAGGUGUGUGUACACAAAUCACUGUCUGGUGACAUUUCCACAUCUUUUCCUCUAAGAUGGAAAUGACUGAAUCACUAAGUACAGGUGCACGGCCACAGCAUUGUCCAAUUCAGCACAUCUUAUGGUCCUUUAAAAGAAUGCACAAAAUAUUACUCUAUUAUUGAGUGGUGCGGGAUUGUGUGUGGGGGGUUUUUUUGUACAGUAGUCAUUCGUAGCCUCAUUUAUGGAUUUUGUUUUACAAAAGUCUUUUUUUAUCAAGUAGAAAAGUGUUUACCUAAACAGAUGUAAAAUAGAAACUUCCAAUGGAAUUGUAAAGGCUGUGUAUAAUAACUCGUCUCCACACAAGUACUGUUAUUGCACUUAUAAUCUUGGUUGUGUUCAAGGUCAUAAAGAGCAGGUGGCUUUUUUUUUACUGAUUCUCUCACCGGCUCACAGAAUUAUUUGUUGGAUUUUUUUUUCCCAGCCUUUACUCUACACACAACUCAAUGUUUUUGUUGUUGUGAUCAAAUAAAGGUUUAUCACAACAACUAAA